AUGUCACUGGGGCUGGGGUUGGGCUGUGGCUGGCGUACCCCGGGUGCGGGUUGUUUUUGCCCAACCGUGCCCCGUCAACGGGCUGGCGACAGGAACAGGAAGCAACAAGCCGCUGUUGCGCCCGUCAUGGUCACGGCCAUGGCAGGUGCAGUGGCAGGUGCAGUGGCAGGUGCAGUGGCAGGUGCAGUGGCAGGUGCAGUGGCAGGUGCAGUGGCAGGUGCAGUGGCAGGUGCAGUGGCAGACAUACCCACCAUCAUGGAGCCGUCUCGGGCCAGCACCGACGACCAUGUCGCAAGAAACGGCUCCAUUGCCUCGCAGGCCGAGACGGUUCCCUUGAUGCUCGACGAAAAGGCACUCGGCCACACAAUCGCGCCCGAAAUCUCUCACGUCACGGUCGAGACGCUCAGCGAGGGUCCCGACACGCCAGAAGACACGCAUCUGCCCGACCUGCAGGCCUCGCUCACCGGCUACGACUCGCUAUUCGAGGGCGGCCCGGAGCCGAGAAGCUCGUCGCAGACGACGCGCCCAGACUACAACGAGCUGUACGAGCACUACUAUGCACAGUACACCAAGCCCAAGGUCAAACUGGGCCCGCGCCCGCGACAGUCGCUCGAGGGCAAGAGGCCCUCCACGUCAGGCAACACGUCACAAGACAUGGCAAGACAGGUCUCAUCACUCCCGGCAGGCCUGCGCGCAGUAGCGCGAAAGGCGGCCCAGAAGAAGGAGUCCAAGACGUCGUCGUCGUCGUCGGGCCCUGUUCCUGCCAUUACCGUUCCCCCGCCCUCCGAGUUGCCCCUGAUGCCUGAGAUGCCGCAUUCUCCCGUGUCGUCGCUAUACGCCCCACGCUCGCCCGUGAGCGUCAAGUCAAUGCCCGUCUCUGCGUACAAGACCCACCUCCGCGCCACGGGAACCACACAGGAGCGGACGAGGCUGAUGAAGGCCCUGGAACUGCGCAAGAAGCAGCAACAGGCGCAGCAGGCCAAAAAGGACAUGGCAGAUCAAGAGCCGACGGUACGAGACUCGACAGUGUCUGCCGAGACGACUCCCACGGCCCAUCAUCACCAAGAGGAGCCCGACGCGAGCAAGGAGACGUUGCUGGGUGAUGACUUGGCCAUGUCCCAACGCGCAAGCACUUCUGGACUGACCUUUGCGGACAAUCCUACCGAGACGGACGAUUUACACUCGACCGUCUCGAUAUCAUCACCCAUCUCCGCCCAAACCCACGGUUCGUCGGGCGCACCAUCAACGCGGCCGUCGUCCCUGUCCGAAGACGAGACCGGACUAGAAGCCCCACAAAAGUGCCAGGGUGCCCAAGAGUCCCAAGCUCCUGAUCUCCUAGACGAGGAAGAAUCCAUCACUAGUACACCCACCGUGGUCGCCGAAAGCACCACUUCCUCUCCGCCCCCCGACGCGCCAGACGAACACAUCCCACGCCCAGAAAUUACCGAGCGGCCGCCCUCGCUUGACGAUGCAGACAGCAGCCGGCGGGACACCCUGAGGCCAGCCGACGACGACGACGACAACGACGACCACAGCAGCAGCACGCGGCGCCGCUCGAAUCGAGAGUCGACCAUAUACAUGCCCUCAGAUGAGGCUUUCCCGUCACAACAGGCACCGGCUACAAAGCGCAACCGAGAAUCUAUGCUCAUGCCCUCUGGGUCGGGCGAGGGCUGGCUUGAAUCCAAGGGGAAGCGCCGGGCACUCCUCGACCCACUCCACGUCAGUGCGGAAAACUCCGAGACCGAAUACCUGUCCGACGACUCCUUCAUGGAGGAACUACAGAGCGCCACGGUACACGAAGCCAAACCAAUUUCAGUGUCCAAGUCGCCCAUAGUACCCUUCUUCCCACGCAAGUCGCCUUCGCAAGCCGAGGUGUCGACGCCCCCCCGAUCAGCAUCCUCCAACUACCCUGGUCUCUCGCGACCCUCCCCCGAGCAGCCUGCUGCACGCAAGGUGUCUGGCGGCUGGCCUCCUCCGCCAAAGUCGGACACGGCCGCCCCCAAGAAGAUUAAUGUUUCGUCGGGCAUCUCGCAACGAAUAAAGGCGCUGGCAGAGAAGACGAAUAGGGAGUCGACUUCGCAAGGGAAUGCCGCUGCGGCUACGCUGAGCGCGCCCAGUUCGUCGGUUGCCCAACGCAAGUCUUCCUUCUUUGCCUCGUCACCCCUUGACACGUCGCUGGGUGGGCUGUCUGCCUCGCGCCAUGGAAGCACCUUGGUGCGGCCGUCGUCUUCGGCGUCCAUGGUCGAUAGGAGACCGACAGGCCCCAUCAAGUCGACGGUUUACAAUGUCCAGCAGGCUCCCGAGAAGCCAGAGUCUGUCCAGGUCACUGCGCGAAUUGUUCGUGACGAGCGAAGCAUGAACCCCAGCCUGACCAUGCCGACGGAGAACACGCCGCUGGAACUCCACCAGAGCCCUCUGAUCAUUGAUCACCAAAAGGCCACCCCCCCACCCAAGAGCCCUACGCCCAGCAAGCAAGACCCGCCCUCUUCUCGCGACACGUCGUCGUCGCAUUCGCGCGAGCAAAGUCUGGCGCCCUCGCGGACGUCGUCGGAGAGCACAUGGAGGGCGUUUGGCCGCCGCAUGAGCGAGUCCAAGUCGUCGGUACACAGCCACGACGGCGAAGAGAAGAAGGAAGAGAAGAAGGAAAAGAAGGAGUCGCGCACGACCAAGAUGUUCAAGCGCAUGUCUUCGUCCAUGUCGUCAAUGCCCUGGAAGAGCUCGAGCAGCAGCUUGACGACGGACAACAACAUGCAGUCUACGUCGCUGGCAUCGCUGCGGGAGCCACCGCCUCCCAUGCACGUUGGAGAUUUGAACGUGCAGUUCCCCGACACGCUGCUGUGGAAGCGAAGAUGGGUCGAGAUUGAUGCCCUCGGCAAUCUCGUGCUCAGCCCGUCCAAGCACAACGAAAAGGGCGUGGUGAAGCGCUUCCACCUCAGCGACUUCCGCACCCCCUAUCCGCCCGACCAGGACCGACAAGAACUCCCCAACAGCGUGGUGCUUGAUUUCAUCGAUGGGCGCACGCUGCAAUGCGCUUGUGAGACACACAUGGGGCAAGCUCAGGUUCUACAGAUCCUCCGCGAAGCACACGACGCGUGGCUGGCAUACAACCAGGCCAUGUAG